UGGAGUAGCUGGUGUCACCGGAGUCUGGAGCCAUGAGCGGGUUUAAUUUUGGAGGUACUGGGGCCCCUACAGGCGGGUUCACGUUUGGCACUGCAAAGACAGCAACAACCACUCCUGCCACAGGGUUUUCCUUCUCCACUUCCGGCACUGGAGGGUUUAACUUUGGGAACCCGUCCCAGCCAGCUGCAAGUGCCCCUUCCACCGGCCUGUUCUCACUCACAACCCAAGCUCCAGCAACUCAGACUCCAGGAUUCAGUUUUGGAACAACAACUCCUGCUUCGGGAGGAACUGGAUUUUCCUUAGGGAUUAGUGUUCCAAAGCUAAACCUGAGCAGUACAGCUGCCACCCAAGCCACAGCAAGUCCCAGUGGCUUUGGGCUCGGCAGCAGCACCCUCACCAAUGCCGUGGCAAGCACCACCACCUCCAGCCAGGGGACAGCACCCACUGGCUUUGUGUUUGGAUCCUCCACUACCUCUGCUGCUCCCUCUACCACAUCCGGAGGGUUCUCCUUCACUGGAGGCAGCAGGGGCCAGACUGGCACCUCUGGGUUCAACAUCGGCUCUGUGGGGAACUCAGCCCAGCCCACAGUCCUUGCUGGAUUACCCUUCACUCCUGCCACCCCAGCAGCCAGCGGAGCAGGGGCCACACAGCCAGCCGCUCCUGCACCCACUGCCACCAGCACUGGUACUGGGCCCACCCUCUUUGCCUCCAUAGCAACUGCUCCCACCUCAUCCGCCACCACUGGGCUCUCCCUCUGUGCCCCAGCAACCACAACUGGAGCUCCUGGAGCAGGGACGCUGGGCUUCAGCUUAAAGGCCCCUGGAACAGUUUCUGGUGCCUCCACAGCAACAUCUACUACAGCUGCCACCACUGCCAGCGCCACCGCCACCACCACCACCACCACCACCACCGGCUUUGCCUUGAAUAUAAAACCGUUGGCACCAGCUGGGGUCCCCAGCAACGCAGCAGCCACUGUGACCUCUCUGCCUGGGCCUAGUGCAGCCACCGGGGCUGCCUCCAGUCCUGCGAUGACCUACGCACAACUGGAGAGCCUGAUCAACAAGUGGAGCCUGGAGCUGGAGGACCAGGAGCGGCACUUCCUCCAGCAGGCCACCCAGGUCAAUGCCUGGGACCGCACGCUGAUCGAGAAUGGAGAGAAGAUCACCAGCCUGCAUCGCGAGGUGGAGAAGGUGAAGCUAGACCAAAAGAGGCUGGACCAAGAGCUUGACUUCAUCCUGUCCCAGCAGAAGGAGCUCGAAGACCUGCUGAGCCCACUGGAGGAGUCGGUCAAGGAGCAGAGUGGCACCAUCUACCUGCAGCACGCUGACGAGGAGCGCGAGAAGACCUACAAGCUGGCCGAGAACAUUGAUGCACAGCUGAAACGCAUGGCCCAGGACCUCAAGGACAUCAUCGAGCACCUGAACACAUCCGGGGGCCCCGCCGAUACCAGCGACCCGCUGCAGCAGAUCUGCAAGAUCCUCAACGCACACAUGGACUCGCUGCAGUGGGUCGACCAGAACUCGGCCCUGCUGCAGAGGAAAGUGGAGGAAGUGACCAAGGUCUGUGAGGGACGUCGGAAGGAGCAGGAGCGCAGCUUCCGCAUCACAUUCGACUGAGCAGAUGGCCUCUUGAGGGCCCGCGGGCUCUCAGGGUGCUCAGCCGGGAAUGUGCUGCAUUCCCCAGUUUUUGAUCACAAUGAGACACUUGUCCGUUCCUGUCUUCCCAACAGUUGUGCUGUUGAGAGAAUUGUUUUGUGGUUUGACUUUUCCCACUAGCAAAUAGAGGUAUUCCCAGCCCCUUGGUCCAGAGAGCAGCCUAGCGGGUGUGGUUUCUGUGUGCUUCUGUGUCUCUUUGGGUCCUUUUCACCUACUGCACCACCACCCAUCCUUCUACCCCAGUGAAGUAAUGGGGAAGUGACGAUUCCCCUAAGAAAAACCUUCCCAGCCAGCACUGGCGGCCCCUCCACCCGAUGCACAGUGAAAAAAAUACCAAGAUUCAAGACUCUCCAAUCUCCGAGCAGAGGGAAGCUAGUUCUGGGGUGUAAGUUAACCACCCAAGAUAAAGAGAAUUGUGAAUCAAAUAGACAGUGGGAUAGAGAAUUUCAAAGGUGCAAAGGCGGGCUGAGGGACCUGAAGGACGGAGUACGAGGAAAGGGCACGUGGGAGCAUGAGGUCUUCCCUCUGGCUAGUGCCUGCUCAGCCUCCAGGUCUUACCCUAGGUCCCCUCUCUUCCGGGAAGGCUUCGCAGCUGCUGCAGCCGGGGCAGGUGGCUGGCUGCCUUGUGGAUCCCCUCGCGCACUGGCACCCUUGGUAACGCUUCCACACUGCAUUGUGCCGGAUUGUGCCGCUGCCUGCUGCUUGGUCGCACCGGUAGAUUACAAGCCUCGCCCACUGUUUCUGUCGUGUCCCCUGCAGUCCCGUUCACUUCUCUGAAUGAGUAAUGGAGCGGACAUCUGGCAUGGUGUCAUUCCACAGAAAUGUCUUCAGAAAGGGCCACUGUUGCCGGUGGUGGCACACUCAUUUCUGAACCUCUCAGUGCCAAAAUUAAUUCUGUCAGAUGCGUUAGGCUCCGUGGUGUAGAUGGCAAAGCCAGUGCUGGAUCCCUGUGUCCUGUAUUUGUCUUUACAUGUUGCUGCAUUCUCUGGAAUACCUACAACUAUAUGUAGCUUUCCUAAAUAAAAUUGUGACACAAAGCU